UUUGUCUAAUGAAAUUAAAAAAGUUUAUCUGUGCAGAUAUAUCUGGCUCAAUGGCAACCCUGCAUUCAUAUGUCAAAGAAGCCAAACCAAACAAAAGGCCUCAAUAAUUGUUGCUUCAAAUUUCAUGAAAAUCUAAAAUUUCAGUAAAUCUAUAAAGAUGUUUACUGUUGCACAAUUUUUUGAAAAGCAACAGCUACGUGUUCUUGCUGUACCGGUUUCCUGGGUUCGUGGCGGAUUUUUAAUGUGGCCGAAACUUCCUUCCAACGAAAAGCUGGACAAACUGAGAAUGGAAGGGAUUGAAUACCACGGUGCUACAAAGAAAAUCCCAGUUAUAGUGGGUAGAAAAUAUAAAAGCCUGCAAGCGGCAGAAGCUGCCGCAGAAGAUCUACUAAAGCAAGAAGUGUCCGACAUCGAAAACAAACGAAAUUUGUUGAAGCAUCGUAAGGGUAAAGCUACUGAUGCGAGUCCCUUCAAAGAUUAUAAUAAGAUUAUUCAAGAAAUGUCGGAAAUAUCAGGGCAAAUUGGUUCCGUCCCUCUGGCACAACAAAAACAGGUUCAGUGGCACCGCGUUCAGAUUGAUGAAAAACAAAUCGAAGAUGCACCGCUACAGGAUAAAGCCGACGAGACCUAUGGACAAACUGAGACUGUAUCACAAGCUGUUAGAAUCCUACCGAUGAUUCAAAUCCCAUUGCAAAAUUUUGAUUCUGGAACUCCUCCGAAUCCAAGCAGUUCUGUCGUUUCACCGCGCCAAACGCAAUCUCUACCGAAAUCAAAACUGGAAGCACAUCCUACAAGUAAGAAUCAUAACAGCGUGCGUUGUAAUAUCUGUUCUGCGUUUGUAUACUUUUUACUGUAUGUUCUAUUUACAUAUAUCAACGCAAAUAUUUUCUACUAUUUAUUGAAGAAAUCUAGUGUUUUUAUUCAAAACGGCAUAUCUACAAUGAUUAUUACCGUAAUAUCUUCAGCAAACGAGUGUACGUCAGCCAUUUUAGAAGUUCCAGAGGGUAUGCAGCAAAUUCAGUCUGUUUUCGUGUCUGAUGAUAACAUCAUUUACAUAAAUCCAUCGACAGAAAAGCCUGGAGUAGCUGGAGAAUCGGGCAAUCUAGUGUGUUCAUUGGAAGCUACAGUGGCCACUUUGAAAAAUGAAAUGACUCUAAUGAGGAAUGAAAUGGCUCAAAUGAGUAAAAGUAUUAUUACCACAGUCAAUACAUCGGUUCGGCAAGUGGUGGAAGAUUCCUUGGAGAGAAACUUGCCACGGCUCGCAGCAAUGCUUGAUAUGGACAGAAGAGAUCAGUCUGCAGCACAAGAAGGAACGGCAGCUGAGGAGCAUAUACUUAUAAACGACGAAGACGACUUGAUUAAUUUCAACAAGAUGUUGGCUAGUAAGCAAGUAUUCAAUGAUUACAUCAAAUAUUUCACAAAAAUUAUUCCACCGGCUGCUUACUACGGAAAGGGUGAUUCUGCAUGCUACUUGAUUGUUGACUGUCUAUUUACACGAAUAUUCUGGAAUGGUUUUACUUGGACUGGUAUUAACAGAGGAAACAAGUCAAAACGAGGAUUUCGUGAAUUUGCCAAUGUUCUGCAACUGCUUCUCACGAUGGUGAGCGUUGGUGACCCAACGUAUACGAAUAUAAAAUUGGAGUCAUUCUGCAAGAAUCGUCUUUUCCGUUACUCGAAAGCAAGGUCGUCCAGUAAGAAGCUACGAAAGUCUACGUGUCGCCGUACAAAGGCCAAGAAAGGCGAGGCAGAUACAGUUCCAAUUGAUAAUGAUGAUUAUAAUGAUGAAACGAUUGAUAAUAUUACCAGCGAUUCUAACCAGGAUGACUCAGAUGCUGAUUCGGAUUCAAGACUAGAUUCUUAAGUAUUUUCAACAAUAUUUAUUAUAUAAAACUUGUUACAUU